AUGGCCCCAUCGCUCCGCGCGCACCUGCCCUGCGCCGCAUCCCCUUCGCGCGCAUGUCUCCCCCAUAGCCUUCCUGCCAAAUGCCCCUUACCUGCUCGCGGAAGUUGCGUGAGAGGGGGACCCGCCUUGCCCCUCUCCUCUUCACACACCCGCAAUGGCCGGCCCCUUUUAAUAAGGCGCUCAUUUUCUGAUAGACACAGACGCGCGCAAUUCUCGCCGCGAUCGUCGCUAGACUCCCCCCCUGAAGCGCAAGCGGAGACGCUGCCGGAAUCCCCGCUUCCCUCCGCCGCCCCUUCCCCCACAACUCCGCCUGUCGAGCCCCGUCCCACGUGGCUGGAGUAUGACAUGGCGCUACACGACAAAGACCUCCCACGUGCGUUGUCCAUCGCUACCGCUUUAGCCCCGCAGAAGACGACAGACGAAACCGCCCCAAAAUCCGCCGAAUUCCUGGAUUUACCCGCGGUGACCGCGGGGAUAGUGUCUGCUGGGGGACCGGGGCAGGCGCAGAUCGAAGGGGGGCCUGCGGGGAAGCGGGAAGUGCGGGGGGAGGAGGCGGAGGAGGAGGCGGAGCGGCAGCGGCGGUGGCUGCAGCUGCUGGAGGCGGGGAAGGCGGAGAGCGACCUGCGCGUGGUGGGGCAGACGUACGAGUGGCUGCGCUCCCAGGGGCUCCUUAGAAACUUUGGCCGCUUCCAGAUCAGCAGUGCGUGGCGGCGGUGGGGACAGAGAGCGAGGAGGGGGGACGAGAUGAGUACAGUGAGGUGUGCUGAGAGCGUAUUGGAGGGCGUGCCACGGGUCGUCACUCCCAAGGUGCUCAAAGACCAAUCUGGCCUAGAAGCCAAGAACCUAGCCCCCCAGAAGUGGGGCAUGUCAUCUCCGCUGCUCCCCAUAGCGCUCUUCGCGGCCUUCUCCGCCCUCGUGGAUGCGGGGGUGGACCUGCGCCCGCUCGCCUUCAUCUCGCUCGCCCUCGCCGUGGGGGACGCGGUGUACCUGGGGGGGGCGGGCGCGGGCCAGCUGCUCAUGCUGCUCUGGGCGCCCUUCCGCGAGCGCGUGCUGGUGCACGAGGCAGGCCACAUCGUAGCAGCGUACCUGCUGGGGUGUCCGGUGCGGGGGGUGGUGCUGGACGCGUUUGAGGCGAUGCGCAUGGGCGUGAGGGGGCAGGCGGGCACGCAGUUCUGGGACGAGCGCCUUGAAGACGAGCUGCGUGCGGGGCAGCUCUCCUCCGCCUCUGUCGACCGGUACAGCAUAGUGCUGUUUGCGGGGGUGGCAGCGGAGGCGGUGCAGUACGGGCAGGCGGAGGGAGGGGAGGGCGAUGAGAACCUCUUCAAAGCCUUCCUCUCCAACCUGCAGCCCUCCUGGUCCGGGCCCCAGAUGGCCAACCAGGCGCGGUGGGCAGUGCUGCAGGCGUAUCUGCUGCUGCAGCGCAACCGGGCGGCACACAGUGCAGUGGUGGAGGUGCUCAAGGCGGGUGGCGGCAUGGGGGACGUGGUGAUGGCCAUAGAACAAAACAUGGCCGGCUGA